GCGAGCGAUAACUUCAUCGGAGAUCCUUGCGCGCCCCUCCGCCUGUCGCCCACAACAGCCCGCAUCAUCAUCAUCAUCACCACCACCAUCAUCAUCAUCAUCAUCAUCAUCACCAGCAGCAUCAGUGUGAUGAGGCAGCGGAGGACGGAGACCUUUCUGCUCUGAGACACUGGAUCAGCCCGCAGACAGAAUGACUGAGGUGAUGAACUCUCUCGAGCCCGGGACGGAGGACUUCAGCGGGGGAGGAGCGGGAGGCGAACAGGACACAAUCUUCCCAGAUGCCCAUGAAAGGUAUCCAAAGCUAUCGAAGAGGCUCCCCUCCAUCGUGGUGGAGCCGACGGACGGUGCGGAGGUGGAGAGCGGCGAGCUUCGCUGGCCGCCGGACGAGCCGAGCUCUCCGGACGCCCAGACCGAGAGGCAGAGUGCAGGCGAGCAAACUGCAGACGAGGAGCAGACGAACGUCGGAGAGGACGAAGAGACUUCAGGGGUGGAGAUGCAGGACUCCAACUAAACUAAACUCACCUCCCGUGAAAUACACUGUUACUGUGAGUGUGUCCAGACGUGGAUGAGUGAGAAGGAGUUGUUCGGUAGAGGAGCACAGAGGGAGAGAGGGAGGUGAAUCCGAGGAGGGAGGCUAGAAUAAAAACAGAUUCCCAAACCCCAGCUUGGGGGCUUGGAGCCAGAGUCGCGUCAGCACCGUCAGAGUCAAAUUUUCUUCUUUAACGAAGGCGACACGAGACGAUUGAGGAGGACCAAGAUGCCAAACGUUUUUUUUUUUUCUCCCCCACGCUGUAUUCUUGACUAAAAUUAUUUCCCCACAAAAAGUCAUCUGCAUGGAAAUUAACAAAUGAUCUUUUAACUUUUAGCAGCAGGCGCGUUUUUAACCAGUGUAAAUAUGUUUUGUUUUUUGUUUUUUUUAGUUUCUCUUGGCUCCAAGCCCUCGCCGUCCAGACACCCAUGACAUCGUCUGAUCUGGACAGAUGUUUUCAGAUGCUGUAUUAAGUACUUAGUUCAUGUGUGCCAUACUGCUACUAAUAUUACUACUACUACUACUAAUGGUAGCUACUGUAUUCUGUGCACAGUUUUUACAUUACCUUUAGAUAUAAAUGAAUUCACUGUUUGUUGAGUGCUGACUGCUGUAGUUUGGUGAUCUUAGCCACGAGUAUUUGAUGAUCACGAUAUUCGAUGUUCUGACAUCCUUUAAUAUACUACAAUAAAUAAGCGUUGUCUCCAGUCAGUAGGUGUCAAAGGGAAUGUGACUGUUUUAACUUAAAUCGCAGCAAUAUGUUCGAAUUUAAAGGCCGUAGAUUUUGUUACAGAGGUGAAAAGAGACAGUAUAUUUUAGACGUGCAUCGCUUGUCACAGACAUGUUUUUUUUUUUGAAUAAAAAAUACUGGAAGCUGAGGUUAUUGCACAAGUAAUAAACAUUUUGAAAAAUUCUUUAAAAUGGUCUUCGACUCAUUUCUUGUUGAGAAGAAGUGGGAAAAUGGCAAUAUGUCACGAUACUUCUUCACAAAUACAAUAUUGAUUUUGAAAGUCUUAAUAAAUUGUGAAAGAAAAAGUCAUGUUUUGGGCCGAUCUUGAACAACUACCACAGCUCCACCAACACUUUUUCUGUACAAAUGCAAUAAAUUGGAAAUGGAUAAUAU